ACUGAAGUAAAUUGUCAUCGCCUUCCUUAAAACCUUAGACGACAGUAUUUCAAAUCAACUCCCGUCCAUACGAGCCUGUUCUCGACACUGUUACUACUCUAGGUCUAAGGCACGGGAUGCGAACAGAACAUGCCAGUUCCCUGGCAGUGAUUUGAAUUGUGUUCUGAAGGAUCACUAAACCUGCAUGCGGACUUAUCAUUACGCGCAUUACAAUCGGUCAGCAACCUGCAUCAAGCGGUAGCUUCUACGCUGAGCACGCUGCACGCAAAGAAGCGCGGAAGGAUCUCUUGCCGCCAGCAUCGUGGCGAUGCUGACGUGAUCUGUUCAGCUGAAGUAUCAACCGAAGCCGAAUGGCAGCACCGUCAGGUCAUUCCACCCGAUCCAAGACUUUGAGAACAGUAAAAGAAAUAUUUCAAUUUCUAUGAACGUCAAUGUAUGUGAACCAGAUUCUAGAAGAAUAUGAAUGUGGAUAUGGCAUGCGGUCAUCCUCAGCCGCUCAGUGUUCCAGCUGAAGGAUACCACCGCUCCAUCAGUACUUGCGAUGUUUAACUUCCUUCAAGGUACUUUCACAUUCCUAUGACAACUUCUUAUUACUGUGGUAUAGUGAGGAUGCAAAAUCCUACAGCACGACACAGUCAUGAGACACGACUUGGACGCUCACUCGUUGACAUACGAACCUUCAACUUUGGUGCUUAAGAUACCUUUUAUCGACACAGAUUCGUCUUGGCAGCUUUAGACGACCUUGACAUUGGGUGGACGAUGAGAGAUCCAAGCGCUGGCCCCCACCUCAGCUUCAAUCUUGGUUCCAAAUCCCGCGCCGCGUUUCCGAGCUUUUUUCCCUCAAGUUCCGUGCUUUCAGAGUGCUGUCUGGCUCUCUCUUUUGUGGCGUUUUGUAACUAUUGGGCAAUGAUAGUUCACUGAUGGAGUUGGUUCCUUGGUCUCCACUUCACUGUAACGCUUUCGACUGCCAUCGCUCCGCCAGUGCCUGGCAUCUGCAAGAACAGAUUAUGGUGCCUAAUGGGGAACUGGAGGUCUUUCGCACUCCCAAAGGCGGGCGGCCAGUUGGCAAUUCGUUCGAAACACUGAGGAACUCAAGGGGUAUGCAGUUGAAGGCGAAGAAGCCAUCGUAAUUCGGCUGUAGGUUCUGAGAAGUUCUCGGCCUGGACCGCGCACAGCAUCCUAGCACUUCUCGCUGGGACGAUGAGUAGGACAGUGUACACGUCGCUAAAAUUCCAGAAGCCUGAAGCGAAUCCCUCGCUUAGCCCAAAAAGGGGUCCAAAUAGUGACCACAUCAAAUGGCAAUCUUCUAAGUCUGUUGAGAUGAUAGGCAUAAAGCCCAAGUGCCUGAAACCUUUCACGGCCCCUAGAUGAUCCCGCCUGUGUAACACAGCAGUCAUGUGAGACGGGCAUUGCAUGCAAGUCGCUUGAUGAGGCAAAGUCUGCUGCAGCUGCAUGCCGAGCAUCAUCAGCUUCAGCCUGGUCGCCUAAUCUUGACUUCAGCUCAGCUUUCCUUCCUCUAACUUCAUCAAAAUAUCAAAGAUCUCACAUCAUCUUAGCUUUCGUGGCCCACGAGUUUCUUGUUAGCUGAGCCAGGUGCAAUAUGCCGACGACUGAAAGUUUCAGGGAGCCUUCCCCUGCCCAUGGCAGCGAUGGAGCGAUAAAGAUGGCAUCUGGAGAACGUUUCAUCGAUCGAGGUCUCGACGGUGUUUCAAGCAGCUAUCGUUUUAGCGAAUCACAUGUUGUAGCAAAGGCAGAACGCAUACUUCUUGACCGCGAAUCUACUCUCAAUCAAUCGGUAGUUGACAGUACAGAUGACGGUAUCAUGACUCCGACCGUGGAUGACAGCCCGUCUGAUAUCAGCACUCACCAGGCCCCUGCCUCUACCACUAAAGUUGAAUCUAUUGAAGUUUCAAACCCUCCACAAUACGAGAUCAAAGCGAAUACACACAACACUACACUAACGGAUUCACACAUACCCACUAUUGAACAGCUUGCCGCCGACCUUCAAUCAGCUAUCGAUGGAGCAUGGCCAAUGCGAGCCAGACCUGAAUAUAAAGCGGUGCGCGUCCUGAUGAUGAGCUGGGAUGAGGGAAAUCCUUGCUCGUGGGCAGAUAUACAUCGUUUGAGAUGUGUCUUUUCAGACCUUUAUCACUUUGAGGUAGAGGAUUUCAGGAUUCCGACAGGAUAUACUGCAGAUUUGGUAAAGAGCACGCUUGCGAGUUUCAUCCGAGAAAAUGAUGGGAAGAACAAUCUGAUGAUUGUUUAUCAUGCCGGGCGCGUGUUUUAUGGCUUGGAAGACAUGCUCCGGGAAAAACCCAUGGCAGACGUGCUAUUUCUGUGUGACAGCUGCUACUUUUCGAAUGCUCGAAGCUCCUUCCCUCCUAGUACUACCGAAGUCCUCGCAGCGUGUGGAAUGGAUCACCAAUGUCCAGCCUCCGGAACACUUUCAUUCACCAAUGUACUUAUCCGAGAGCUUGGAGCGGCCUCUGCAGGUCCUCCGUUAGCAGUGACAGAGUUACAUCGCCGAUUAAUCAACUGCCUGAACAGUUUGAAGCCAGAAUUUUUGAGAGAUGCUCAGGGAAACGUCAUGUUAGAUGAGAAGGGCCUACCACGACACGAGACUUUGGAGAGAAGAACGCCGAUCCAUGAUUUCCUGACGGGUUGGCCGGCGAAGAGUAGUAUCUUACUUUCUCCCCUCCCAGUGAGAAAUGCCACCUUGCCAACGGAUGCCGAGGAUGACUGGGAUAUAUGGGACUCGUCUAGCAAGAAACCAAAACGCUCCCGCCUCAAUCAACAAAGAACAGCCCCAGUCGCGUCAGCAGGACCAAUAGAGCGAGGAACGAGAACAAAAUACCCACGCGUUCUCCUCUCAGUCCGUCUCAAAGUGGACUGUUUCCCAGAUACCGAACCCGACGAAGACAGCGUGUGGGCUUGGGCGGAAUGGCUGAGAGAUAUACCCAGUGGCCUAGAGCCCGUCGCAAUCGAAUCAGUAUACAAGAGCACGUCGUCAACCUUCAUGAUACUUAGUCUGCCUCUCCUUGUCUGGCAUAUGUUACCAACCAAUCCCGCUUACUCUUUUGUUGGGUUCGUAUACUCGGCUAAUUUGCAGGAUGUGCCGAGCAAGGUCUCUUCAGCAGCUGCCCAUAUCCAGAGCUCUUGUACUAAGUGUUCCGAGACCAGUGUGCAAGAGAUUAACAUAGAAAGAGAAGUUCGCAGACGCGUUGAAGCUGAGCUCGUAGCAAGAGAACUGUCAGCUUUGAGGAAAGAAAAAGAAGAGUGGAGUCGAAAACAUGAACGAGAAAGAGAAACCGUUAUGGCGAGGGGAAUGACAACCCCGGGACCGUUCAGUAAUGAGCCAAGAGCCAAUGCCGAGUUCGGCAGAUCUAAGGCACCGAUCAGGUUUAAGGACGCUGUUGGGAGGAAAUAUUCAUUCCCUUUCCAUAUGGCUGCCACAUGGAAUGGUGUUGAAGAACUCAUCAAGCAAGCAUUUCUGCAUGUCGAUGUACUAGGUCCGCAUGUUCUCGAAGGCCAUUAUGACUUGUUGUGUGCGAGCGGCGACCUCAGUGGACAGAUCAUCCUACCACAAGUAUGGGAAACACUGGUAGAGCCAGGAUGGGAGGUAAAUAUGCACAUGUGGCCUUUUCCAGAGCCUCCAAAACCCAUACCACCGCCUCCACAGAGGCAACGGUUACCUCCUGGCGCCUAUUCCCUAGGACCGAACGGACGAGUUGCACCGCCUCCGUCUCCGCCUCCACCACCAGAAGCGGUGCAACCCCCAGACCCAACAGCUUUACGACAACUAUGGAUACCUUCAUCGUCCAGAUCCGCAGGUGUUUCAGUUGUCAACAAAAGCAAGGGACUUUCAAUCCGAGAUGGAGGUCGCACAACCCGGUCUCGACGUUCAUCAUGCUCGAUAUCUGAAUCUGGCUCUGAACGCGACUUUGUCGAGAGAGACGAAGCCAUUACUCUGCUGAAAAGCAUGGUCACGGCGAAGAGGAUUUUCGUGGUUGGGAGGGUGGGCACUAUGGGAUAUGGGAGGCGGGGUCUGAUUGAGGUCAGUGUCAAGCCAAAAGGAGAGGGUAUGCAGGUCUUGAAUGAGUAUGGUAAGAUGUUUGUUGAGAAGGCUAGGAAGAUGAGAUUGGAGAAAGAAGAGAUGUCAUCAAAGAAAAGUGGACCUGAUCUGGAGGUCUUGGUUGAUGAUUGAUCGAUCAGUGAUGUUUUACUUUGUUUAGGACGUUGUACUAUGAGACUACAGAAUCGGCAGACAAUUGGGAGGUUCUCUUUGAAGUAUUUACUUGUAUGCUGGGAUACACGAUAGGAGUGGCUUGCCUGAUGAUUUAUGAAUCCACAGUAUAAUUAGUCCUGACAAUUUGGGAAAGUGAUUUUUCCGGCACCCUAGGCACCAGCUCCUUGGCUUUCGUGUUGGCGUAGCGGGUUCGCCAUUUCCUCUGCACCUGUGACAUAUUGAAACGAUCUGAGGACAAUUGAAGGCUCUGGUUCAAUAGCCCACUUCAGAAAGCUGGCAAAGGGGUCUCUCCGCUUUCUCUGCCCAAACUCACCUCCCUUCAAGCCCAAAGCACUCACUCUGCACCUCCCUUCCAAGCGCCUUGUCCCAACUUUGUCGCGCAAUAUAUCUAGUAUACCUGCCCAGCUUCCAUUCGACAAAUCCAGGCUGUGUAGAUGAACGCUCGUCAGGGUACCUCCUAAUCCACGGCAGAAAUGCUCCAACUCAUCUUGAUUCAUGGCAGCUCCUCCACCUAAAUGCAGAGUAGUAAUGCGCGGCAAAACGACCGACUCGAGUAGCUUACCGAUAUGAUGAGGCUCCUCUAUUAAUUCUCCUGCUCUUCUAGUGUUGAUUCCGAAAACGUGGAAGUUGAGCAUUAAGUCCUGGAGGUUGUUCCCACUGAUCAUCGUGCUAAGGUACUGAUCCAUGGCUUGUUGGUCUUUUGCUGCCAAAGGCUCGUCUCGGACAGGCUUCUUGUUCAUGUUACCUGCUCCAAAGGAAAACUUGGAAAUCGACUGGCAUGCGGCACGGAGGUCAGACCAUUUUGCGUUAUAGUGGUCCUGAUGGCUUGGAAAAACCAUGGUUUGGUUGCCCCUCGUCGGAAAGCAGCCAAUAUUUAUAUCUCGUAAAUUAACCCCCGCCUUGUGCACAGCGAUCGGGAUCUCCGAGAGGAGUUUUGCUGGCAACAAUUCCGGUGCUCUGUCCAUCUGUUCGAUUGUGGACCAUUCAUGUGCCUUGGACAUGAGUUUACGGAGAUCGUCCAUGCUGGUGGACAAGAGAGUGGGAUCCUCAAAAUAUGGGUCUGGGAUACAAUCUAUCUUGUCGAUGAAGCCAAGAGAUGUGGCAUGGUUCAUUUUAGAUAUAGAUGCCGCCAGUCUAUUUGCAAACGAUCCGUCUGCAAUCAGUCUAAGCUGUUCCUCGUGCUUUCUUUGAUAUUGCUCGUGUCCCUUGAGCAAAAUGUGCUGAUACUCAAGGUAUCGACCAUUUUGAUCGUCAUCCUGCCCUUCCUCAAUUUCACCCCCGGAACUCACUAGCUCGGACCACGAUGAAAAGUCUCUUGAUAAUUAUCCAUGGCUUUCUCAUACCGUCGAUACGGCAGUGGGCAGAUAGUAUCGUCACUCUUAUCAUGGCCUCCAAGAUACCACGUUUCAGCCAAGUAAUCACAGGUUCCCAAACUCUCUUCGAGGUCUUUUUGGCGCCAGGUUUUAUACUGUGACAAAUGCAUUGCAAGUUGCUUCGGACGGUAAUGAAGUACUACCUGGAUGCCAUGGACCGUGGAUGAAAGGUUGGGGCUGCGAGAAAUAUUUUCAGCACGCUGGAGUGAAGUUUCAUCGAGCUCGACGCGCAGCACUGGGCACAAGAGUGGUGAUGCGACAUCAUGGAACAGACGACAAACAAGACGUAGGUUGCGGACAGUCUGUUGGCGAUUGAUGUUUUCUGCGUCGAUGAAGCGUAUGCUGCUGAAUCCCCACUGCAUACUUCCUUGAGAUAUGAUUUUAUGAUCUCUAAAAUUGUCAAAAAUGUGCUUGAGGACGUCCGUGGAGAGGUGGAGAAUGCUCAUCGUGCGUUGUUUAGGUUGUACGUCAGAUACUGCGGGAAGCAUGUGCAGUGUCAUUGUUGUUAAAGAGCGGAACAACAAAGUAGGC